AUGGGCUCGGGAUUAGAGAUGGGAGAGACCGAGCUUGAAGAAGGAGAAGCUCGGAGUUCUCAGAAUGAACCUCAAGAUUCCACCAUUGACCCUGAUAUUGCCCUCUCUUACAUUGAGGAGAAGCUCCAAAACGUGUUGGGGCAUUUCCAGAAAGAUUUUGAAGGUGGUGUUUCGGCUGAGAAUUUGGGGGCGAAAUUUGGUGGCUAUGGUUCAUUUUUACCGACUUAUCAGAGGUCACCAACUUUGUCUCAUACCAAGAGUCCAUCAGAGGCUCAUCAUAAUUAUGACUCAUCGAAAUCCCCUCAAACGCCACAUGUGGAGAUACAAAAAUCGUUCGUUUCAUCAAGUGCUUCUCCUUCGAAAAGGCCCCAUAUUGCUUCAGGAAUAGCAGAACGACUUGGAAGUAACUUGAAAGGCAAUAAUGUCAGUUUACAGUCUGGACAUGUUGAAAAAUCCAACUUCAGAAGUGCAGACAUUAAGAAGACUGUAAAUUCCUCUGAUCAGAGAACCCUGAAGGUCCGAAUAAAGGUUGGCUCUAAAAGUUUGACGACACAGAAAAAUGCUGAAAUAUAUAGUGGGCUCGGCCUUGAAGUGUCUCCAUCAUCCUCGCUGGAUAACAGUCCUACAACUACAGAAGAGCAAUCUGGUAAACUUAAGGAGGUGCCAGAGGCAUCACCCACCAGUAUUCUACAGAUUAUGAUAUCCCCUCCUGGUGGACUACUUUUAUCGCCUCUUUCGGAGAAUCUCAUCUGUCUGACGGAAAAAAACAAGCCUGGAGGGAGGGUUGAAACUAAGACAGUGAACAAGAAUAUUAUAGAAAGUUCGGGGAUGUUAGAAAAUGGAUCUCUUAUUAAUAAGUGCAAUAAAAAGAAAUUAAAGUUGUCUGAGAAGGGUGGACUUCUCUCCUUGAAACUGGCAAAUCAGAAAAACGGAAAUAAUGAAUCUGCCCAAGCUGUUGGUGGAUUUGAGAAUUUGAGCAGAAAGCCGGGCUCAUUGAGCAAUAUUUCUGAAUUUAAAAGAGAGACUCUUGUCAGCAACAAUGCAGCUUGCCCACUAGUUGACCAGUUCGAGUCAACAGUGUGUAAAGGAAGACAGUGUGAGGAAGCUGCAAAACUUGCUCUUGAGAAGUCAUUCACUGGAAGCAAGAAAACACCAAAAGUGGCUUACACUAUAGGCACUCAAGGUGUCUCUUCAGCUAAAGAUGACAUGCGAGAUAUACAGAAGGAUCGUGAAAAACCUGGGGACAGAUAUAGGGACUUUUUCGGGGACAUUGAAUUUGAAGACGAAGACAAGGAAUCGGUCUCAGGUGAAAUGAAGUCUCCAGGAAGAUUAAACAAUCCCGUGGUUGUUGAGAAAAGAAGCUCAAGUGAUGAUCAUGACAUGUCAAAGGGGAAAAAAUUUGACAUAAACUUUUCUCACAAGCCACCACAAGUCCAGGAAAACUAUACCACGUCUGCUUCUCAAUCUGCUCCUCCCAAUGGAAAUGGGAUGACUUCUGAAGCUCCAGUUGGAAGUGUUCCUUUAGUGCAGGAAGAUUGGGUCUCAUGCGACAAGUGUGAAAAGUGGAGACUCCUACCACUUGGAACAAACGUUUCGAGUCUUCCUGAUAAAUGGCUUUGUCGGAUGCUUACCUGGCUGCCUGGUAUGAAUCGAUGCAGCAUCCCUCAGGAGGUGACAACUAAUGCUCUAAGAGCCCUUUACCAUCCUACUGCUUCAGUUCCAGGCCUUACUUCAGAGACCCAACACAGUCAGCUUAAUAGUAAUUCUGCUGUGAAUUAUGCACAAAUGGCCUCAGCUGAUGCUAGCUAUCCUGGUCUAGAGAACCAAAAUCCUGUUUCUCAAAUUGCCCCAUUUAGUGGGAAGAAAAAACACGGAUUGGCAAAGGCAGUACUUUUGAAUGAUGUAGAUUGUUCCAAUUCUUCAAGCUCAUUCAAGAAGAGCCUUGGGACAUCUGCUAUAACAAGCAGUAUGAACAGCAGAAAGAAUCUGCCUUCUCGAAAAUCGGGUUUUGCAGUUGAGAAGUACAGUGAUCAUAUGAAAGAAAAACCAUCACUUUCCAACUCCUCUGAUAAAGGCACCAUUUUUAAAAUAAAGACCAAACGAGAGGCUGAUAUGACAGGUUCUAGAGCUUUCAAAAGAAUGAAAAGUGAGGGAUUGCAUGAUGAUGACGACUAUUGGACUUCUGACACUGGGGGGACACCUUUAAAAGCAGUUCGUCCAACUACUAGUUUUUCAAAUGGCACAUCAAAGAUCGAUAAGCCCAAACCUAACAGCCAUAAGGAUCUAAGUGAACCUAAAUCGGAUGUGUUUCCUGGUACAAAUGCAGCAACACAUGAAAAAUGUGAUGAUAGGGAUUCACUCAGAAAGAGGAAGGCGAAAGACCUAAGUGACCAACGGAAAGAAAAGAAAACUAGAAUUUUCAAUGCUGGGGUAAAAGACAACGGCAAUGUGAGCGGAACCACUGUAAAUCCUUCGGUUGCUGCUAAUUCAAGCUCGUCUAUGGUGUCCAGCUCUCAUAAGAACAAAAUCAUAGGCCAAGAAGUUAAAGGUUCCCCAGUUGAAUCAGUUUCUUCAUCUCCUUUAAGAUAUCCUAGUGCUGUUAAGUUCGUGUCAAAUAAAGAUAAACUUGUAAGGAAAGAUGAUUUUCAUGAUACUGGUGGUUCUCUAACUGCCGUUGCAAUUGGUUCAGGGAUGCUUUCUGGUGAAGAUGGACGAGAAAUGGUGAAGAAGGAAAAUUUGUCUGAGCAAUGCAAGGUUGAAGAAAAGGCAAACACCACCAUCCAAUCACAGAAGAAUAGGUCUGGGAAGGGACUUUCUUCACAUUUGAAAGAAAUGAAUGGUGCUUCUGGAGCGUACUUACAUGGAGUUCAUAAUUCUUCACAUGAUACUUUGGGCCGUGACCAUUUGUAUGAGGAGGGACUAAGGAGUAGAAAAAACAUGACUGUUGCAAAAUCUGGUGAUCCAGGAAAGGGUGAGAAGUUCACUGGUCCAAAAGAUAAUGCUGGAGGAACUCCAAUUGUGAGGAUUAAAGGACAAAAUCAAAAGAAAUUCGCGCACGAUGAAAAAUACGUCACCAAAAUCCAGGAUAAGAAGCAUCAUAUACAUCAAGAGCACAGUAAUGAGAAAUUUCCCAAGAGAAGCAACUGGGCAGAAGGCAAUGGGAAUGGGAAAUCACACUCCCUUUUAGCCUCGGCAAAAAUUUCGACAGAGAUUGUUUCUGGAACUCAGAAAGAAAAUAAUGAUGAUGGACAAAGUGCACCGAACCACAGAAAGAAAUAUGAGAACCAGAAUGGUCAGCCCAUUAGGCAUCCUACUCCAAAUUCUCUUAAAACUAGGGACAUUGAUGUUCCGAGUCCCGUUCAAAGAGAUUUGUCCAAUCAUGUAGCUAACAGUGCUUUAAAAGAGGCGAAGGGCCUCAAACACUUGGCCGAUCGUCUUAAGAAUUCUGGAUCUACUGAAAGUAUAGGAUUGUACUUCCAAGCUUCUCUCAAGUUUCUCCAUGGAGCCUUUUUGCUGGAAACUGGAAGCAGUGAAGCAACAGAGCAAAAUGACUUAAUGCAUUCAAUGCAUGUAUAUAGUAGCACUGCCAAACUUUGCGAGUUUUGUGCCCGUGAAUAUGAAAAGUUGAACGACAUGGCUGCUGCUGCUUUGGCCUAUAAAUGUAUGGAGGUUGCUUACUUGCGUGUCGUUUAUUCGUCACACAACAGUGCAAGCAAGGAUCGAAAUGAGUUGCAAACAGCUCUGCAAAUUGCUCCCCCUGGUGAAUCUCCUUCUUCUUCUGCCUCUGACGUUGACAACUUGAACCACCAAGCAACUACUGACAAGGCUACCCUGGCUAAAGUUGUUGGUUCUGCUCAAGCUUCUGGAAGCCAUAUCCUCACUGCACAAAAUCGUUCUGGGUUCUUGCGUAUUCUAAAAUUUGCACAAGAUGUUAACUUUGCAAUGGAAGCCUCAAGGAGAUCAAGAAUUGCAUUUGCGGCCGCUACUGCAAAACACGUUGAAAUCUCUGAUAAAGAGUGUAUCGAUUCAUUUAAAAGGGCCCUUGAUUUUAGCUUCCAAGACGUCGAGGGAUUGUUAUGCCUUCUUCGGUCUGCAAUGGAAGUCAUCAACCGGUAA